AUGGGAGCGGUGUUCACCAAAAUCUUGACCAAGUUUCUAUGGGCAAUCGCACCUUCCCCAUAUGAAAGCAACAACAAUUUUAUCAGUUUGCUGCGUUUGGAGAAAGGAGCUGUCUCUUGCCAGCCGGAUUCGCUCAAAGAGGAAAUCACCAUAACAACACCAAUUUUUGGAAGUCAACAAACCGCCGGCACAAUUUCUUCUCACCGCACAGACAUUAUGUACUCCAACGCUGUUAGCCGUGGCAGAGCUUCUCGCAGUAAUAGCUUCGAUAGCUACGACGACGAAAUCCAUAUUCCGAAUUUACUUCCUGCUCCAGCUACUUCAACAUCCGAGUUGGAGUCGACCGACAGUUUUCGAGUGGUCCAUAAAAAGCGACCGAGACAAUAUCGCAGGGGUCGUCGCCUCAAUGUCGCUGCCGCAGAUUCAAACAGCGACACAGCUACCAAUUCCUCCCGCGCAAACUCCGCGUCUCCUUCCCACAACAAACCUCACCUCCGAGCGACAACGACGACCACAACCGAAAUCUCUCUAGACUGCGCAUCGGAAAUCAGCGAGACACCGUCGCGUGAAGGUAAGUGUAUCGGAAGCCAAUCGUCUUUGGAAAAUCACGGCGAAUAUCAAUUCGACACUACAAAUCCAACUCCUACUCAAGCACGAUACAACGACGAUCUCACAAGUUUGCACCAUCAGUUUGAUACGUUCCAAUUCAACACUCCCUCAUACAAGAACAAGCAACAAACCGCCAUCAUUGAGAUUGAUCCCGCCGAAGUGUCAGACACUGAAUCUACAAAAGGUCGCACCAAGGAAGUCAUGUCGCAAUUAACCAUGGCAUUGGGUGGCAUGUCUCAUUCUUCAAUGGGCAAAGAUGCGUUUGACUCGGUGGAAUGGGAUCCAGAGCUUCCUUCUGCUGAUGGUGCUGAUUCUCCAGAACCAGUCCCUGUGAAACUACAACCGGUCACUUACACCACAGUUGGGUCGCUCGUCGAUCCCAAUGCGAAGCCGCAAUUCUCUGCUCCAAACCGCAUCCAGCGGGAAGGCGCAGUCAGACAGCCUCUAUUAUCUAUGAUUAGUGCUUCGCAAAGACCGUACGAUGGAUUUUAUCAACCUCGCGGACCGCCUCCCCCUCCACUAAACAUGGCCAAUUCGAUGGCAUACGCUCAGAAUAUCGCAAAGAGCCCUGUUCACGCGCCUAUGAUGCAGAACUUGACACCUCCUGACACUUCCAUACGUGCGAACCGGGCAAACAGCGCUCAUGCAAUGUCGAACUUGACGGACAAAGAGGUCGAAGUGUUGAAAAGGCUGCAAAAUUCCCAAACCCUGGGCAGCAACUUGAACAGAAGUCCCAGUACCCCAACACCAUCUUCUUCAACUAAGCUAUCUGCUUUCGCUCCAUCAUUCGAAAAGAAGGAUCAAACGCUGGAAAAUACUCGUGGUAUAGGCAACAACACAGUCACUGCAGAUAUGGCACGAAGCUUGUCGAGUGGAGCUGGCAUUAGCGGAUUGGGUGGACGCUCAGGUUCAAAGGCGGCUGCUGAUAGCAGCAGAAAUGCCAACAUUGCUGCAAGUGUAUCUUCAUUCGAUAAUGCAUUCACCAAGCUUGUAGCAGCAACUGAUCGAGGCAACCUAGACAGAACAUACACAUUUCCACCACCAGGCUUGCAAUCGCAGCAACCCAACCGACAAACCAAUCCUUUAUUCGGUGCUUACAAUCCACUGGCAUCGCAGCAGCCCAAUCGCGGCCAUCCUCCAGGAUAUCCACAACCUCUUACUGCUGGCCCACCAGGUCAGAGACAAGCGACUGUGGCAACUACUCGAACUGCUACAAACAAUCUUGAAAGUCUAUGGAACCAGAGCGAGUCAUCAAAUAGUGUGUAUGGUGGAAGUGCUGUCCAAAUGCAACCUCUUCCUAUGGCCGCCGACUCUCCUUGGCAGCAUGGCUGGCAACCCCAGAAUAUUUAUACCACUGGUCAAUCUCAACUGCCAGCCGGUAUCAUCGCCGGUGCAUAUCCUGGCCCAAAUCGUGCUGAUCCUUCUGCUGUCAAGCCUAUGAAUGAUAGUCUGCCACCAGAUGCAGUAGCCAAAUACUAUCCGCGUGGUAUUCCUAGCGAUAUGACCGGUCAUUAUCGACCACUCCCCGAAGCGAAACAAAAGGCAUUGGACAGAGUUGGGCAUGAUGCUGGCAGAAAGAUAGCUGAUAGCUCUCGGGACUUUGACGAUAUUUUUUACAGCGGACAAAGACGAUACGCGACGAUGAAGGGUGAAGAUUUCAUCACCGAGCUCGAAGAUCGUCAACGUGCGAAUGCCAAUCCGUUUGGUCCUAUUGGUCCGCCUAAGAAGAUAUUUCCGCCAGGUCCGGCUUUGAAGAAGGAAAUCACCCCAGAAGAAAUGGCAAGAAUGAGCAUUGCUGAAGCUGCUGCACCGAUGAUUGAUGCAGCAUUCGGCUCGCUGCUUGCAUAUGCUGAGAAGGGUCCGGAAUCGCGCAAGUACCUGAGCGGAUUUGUCGAAGCUGCCCCUUGGCAGAUCGAUUCCACGGACAAAGGCAACGAGACAAUGUUUGGUGAGGAUUGGGGAGGUCGUCAACCAAAGCGAUUUGGUCGUGACUCGCGCCAUCAAACGAGGUUUUAG